UUGACGUCAGAGAUGGCAGGCAGGGAGACAGCUGGCGGGCCGGAGCUGCUGAACCAACCCUCCGAUCGAAUCCCGGCUCCGCGCUAACCCCAAACCCUGCGCGCAAUAACACGGGGUUUAUGUCUUUUCAUGUUAUUUCAACUAACGUGGAACCAAGGAUACCAAUACACCACAGACUCAGAUGAAUGAGAUCCAAAUUCCGGUCGAAACGAAAACAUCAGAGGAAGAAUAGGGCCUUUUGCGCAAAUUCAGGGUACGGUGAAUGUGGGUCGACUGGCCGAAAGCGGAAGACCACCACAGGCUCAUUGUGAUAUGGCGGCGUCCAGUUUCCCCUUGCUGAGGUCGGCUGAAAGGAGAGAGCGUUUAGACAACACUGCGAGCGAAUCCUCCGACGCCGAGUCUGCAGAUAAAGAUAAGUUGAUGCAAAGCAAAACUGAAGACUGUACUGUCGAUGACCCGUCCAAGAAAAAACGGCAGCGGCGUCAGAGAACGCACUUCACCAGCCAGCAGCUCCAGGAGCUGGAAGCCACCUUUCAACGCAACCGCUACCCUGACAUGUCUAUGAGAGAGGAGAUCGCCGUCUGGACGAAUCUUACCGAGGCCAGGGUUAGGGUUUGGUUCAAGAACCGCCGGGCGAAAUGGAGGAAAAGGGAACGGAAUCAGCAGGUGGAUUUGUGUAAAAAUGGAUUUAUGCCGCAGUUUAAUGGGCUGAUGCAACCCUACGAUGACAUGUACACCGGGUACAGCUACAACAACUGGGCCGCGAAGAACUUGGCUCCCGGCCCUCUCUCCUCCAAAGGCUUCCCGUUUCUCAGCUCGAUGAACCCGUUGUCUUCUCAGUCCAUGUUCUCCGCUCCCAGCACCAUCUCGUCCAUGACAAUGCAAUCUACGAUGGUGCACUCGGCUGUACCGGGGAUGCCAGGCUCCAGCCUGAGUAACAUUAAUAACCUCAACAGUUCCUCUCUCAACUCGGCCAUGUCCUCGGCCGCCUGUCCAUACGCACCCCCUACCCCUCCUUACAUCUACCGGGACACGUGCAACCCUGGCCUCGCCAGCCUGAGACUGAAACCGAAACAGCACGGCGGCUUCGGAUACAGCACUUUGCAAAGCCCAGGUUCCAGCCUCAAUGCAUGCCAGUAUGCUGUGGACAGGCCGGUGUAAGUUGCAAAAAGAACUGGAACUACGAUGCAAACGCGCCGCUGUGGGGGG